AGUCAGUGGAGGAGGGGGGGGGUGCAAAGGAUCAGCCUCGCUCCUCAGGCUGGGGAUGGGGAAGGUGGGUGACUGGCUGCUGCUGGCGGGCUUGCUGAGCGCUGUGUGCGCGCAGUUCCCCCGCCAGUGCGUGCGCCCGGAGGUGCUGCAGAGCGGCGAGUGCUGCCCGGCGCCGAGCGGCGCGCCGGGGGACCGCUGCGGCUCCAGCCGGGGCCGGGGGACGUGCGCCGACGUGCGGGCGGACACGGCGCCGCACGGUCCCCAGUACCCGCACGACGGCGCCGACGAGCGGGAGCGCUGGCCGCUCCGCUUCUUCAACCGCAGUUGCCGCUGCGCCGCCAACUUCGGCGGGCCCGACUGCGGCGGCUGCCGCUUCGGCUGGGCCGGCCCCGACUGCCGCCGGCCGCUGCGGCUGGUCCGCCGGGAUGUGCUGAGCCUGAGCCCGGAGGAGAGGGCCCGGCUGGUGUCGGCCCUGCAUCGGGCCAAGCUCACCCCCCACCCCGAGCUGGUAGUGGCCACCCGCCGCCGGCCUGAGCUGCUGGGCGCCGACGGCCGCAGCCCGCAGUUCCACAACGUCUCCAUCUACAACCUCUUCGUCUGGACCCACUACUACUCGGUGAGCAAGACCUACCUGGGCGCCGGACGCACCUUCGGCGGCAUAGACUUCUCCCACGAGGGGCCCGCCUUCCUCACCUGGCACCGCUACCACCUGCUGCAGCUGGAGCGGGAUAUGCAGGUGAUGUUGGGAGACCCGACCUUUGCUCUUCCAUACUGGAAUUUUGCUACUGGAAGGAAUACCUGUGACAUCUGCACGGAUGACCUAAUGGGAGCCAGAAGCAAUUUUGACCCUACUCUCAUAAGUCCUAACUCUGUCUUCUCCCUGUGGCGUAAUCUGUGUGAAAGUUUGGAAGAUUAUGAUACACUGGGAACUAUUUGCAAUGGCACUGAAGGUGGCCCCAUUCGACGGAAUCCAGGUGGGAAUGUUGCCAGACCACUGGUGCAACGUCUACCCAACUCCCAGGAUGUAGCACAAUGUUUAGACAUCUCAAUUUAUGACACACCGCCUUUCUACUCCAAUUCAACUGAUAGUUUCCGAAAUACAGUUGAAGGUUAUAGUGAUCCUUCAGGAAUGUACAAUCCAGCAGUUCGUAGUUUGCAUAAUCUAGCACAUUUGUUUCUUAAUGGAACUGGUGGACAAACCCACUUGUCCCCAAAUGACCCAAUCUUUGUGUUGUUGCAUACAUUUACUGAUGCAAUAUUUGAUGAGUGGUUGAAGAGAAGCAAAGCAGAUUUAUCCAUCUUUCCAGUUGAAAAUGCUCCUAUCGGCCAUAAUGGAGCAUACAAUAUGGUUCCGUUCUGGCCUCCCGUUACUAAUGUAGAAAUGUUUGUGACAGCAGCUGAAAACCUUGGCUACAGCUACGAAGUUGAAUGGCCAAACCAGCCCCUCUCAUUGUUGGAGAUGAUUACGGUGGGGAUUCUGGCUGCUCUGGUACUGAUCGCUAUAGUUUAUACCAUAUCCACUGUAGUUUUGCUCAGGAGGAGGAGGAAACUGGCUGCCAGUGAACUGAAUGAACCUCUCUUAGAUACUCCACAUCAGUGCUACUCAGAUUAUAAUGAAUCAACCGUACUCCAAAAUGUCUCAUAAUCAGCCAUCUGACUGUACCUUUGGUUUUAUUAUUCAUGUUUUUGAACCAGACUAAUGACAUGCUGCUAGAAAAACAGAGUGGCUUCCCUUUGUGUCUUAUCAAUCUUCUGAUUAUAUUCUGUGAUUCUGUGAAUGUACUAAACAGUAUAUGACACUUAAAAAUGUUAAUUACCAGUUUCUCUGAUAGCAAUGAUAAAUUAGAUAUCCACUGCAAGGAACACCACUGACAAUUAAUAUUCUUAAUCUGUUACAUAAGCAACCAUUGUCACAUCAAGUUUUUUGGCUACUUUGAGCAUCUGCCUUGGUGUGGGCCCUAAUCCUAGAACAGGAUUCAGAGCACUAUUCACAGAGCUAUUGCGCAAUGGUCUCUAAGAAAAAUAAAACAUUUGGAAGUUGACAUUCUUUCUAUAUUAAAGAAGAUUUUCAUAUUAUUCCAGGUAAACACUGAGAGGUAACUGCAGCAUUUUAUUUCUCUUGGGUUAGCCGUUUAUCUGAGUAUUACUUUCAACAAGCCUUAUUACUUUCCGAAAAGUUAGUCCCAUUUGCUCCUCACUGACUCCAGAUGAAAGGUCUCAACCCAAAACAUCGACUGUCCAUUUUCCCUCAACAGAUGCUGCCUGACCUGCUGAGUUCUUCCAGCAGCUCAUUUUUUGUUCACCAUGUCCUUUGAAUUGCUUUCCCAUCAUUGCACAGUAACAUCUUCCAUCCUUUGGAUGUGAAAUCUGCACCUGGUUAUGAAAAUCUCUAUCAAAUCCAUAAUGCCAGCAUCUCACAUCUCUCCACAUAACUGAAUUCCUUCAUCCCUGGUACAAUUCCAAUAAUACCCCUUCUGCACUCUUCCAAAGGUUUUAACACCUUUCCCAAAUUGUGAAAGCCCGAUGUGAACACCGUGCACCAGCAGAAGUUUCACGUGUUUCAUACAGGUAUACCUUUGCUUCUGUGUUCUGUGAAGUAACUCAAAGAUCCCAGAUGCUUUUCUAACAGACUGCUCCAUUUGCCUUGGGAGGUUCCAAGACACAUGUAUCUGAACCACCUGGUCUCUUUGCUUGCACUACUUUAAGUUUGCAGGCGACCCCAGCAUUACACCAGUAAUGGAGAUUCCCCCUUACAGAAUUCACAAAUCAUUACCAAAAAAUAUGAGAUACAGA